GAAUGUAAAUGAAUGCAGUAGGAGGCCAUUUAAGGUGCAGUCAGGUGUUUCUACCUUGCUGGGACACAAGGCUGGCACUUCAUCCUCCGCUUAGCUGAGCGGCCCACCUCUCAUAAGAAUAGAUUGUGCUCAGUUUAGGAUUUGAGAAAUCAGCUAAGAUCAAAGAGAUGAUGUCCAUGUGGAGAAGGUGCCAGCGACUCCAACAGCUUUUGAAGUGGACUUGCUGGGUGUUGUUUCUUGUCUUGUUAUUGGUGACGCUGCACUGGUCGAGGAAGCAGAUAUGCGUCAUACUUCAUCUGAGGGACAAUUCUCAAAUGCUCUUCCGCAGAGCCCAACAGGACACUUUCAACUGUUCCCGGAUCAUCCGUGGUGACCGUGAAGAAAUCGAACAUGCUCUUUUGACUCGACUUUUGAAAGACAAUAAAGGAACGUUGAUGACCGAAGAAGAAUAUUUGAACAUGACCGUGGACUGUCGGCACUUUGUGGAAACCAGACAGUUCCUGACGGCCCCGUUGAGUGAUGAAGAGGAGGAGUUCCCAAUUGCCUAUUCUAUGGUGGUACAUGAGAAGAUCGAAAUGUUUGAGAGGCUCCUGAGGUCCAUCUACUCACCACAGAAUAUCUACUGUGUGCAUGUCGACCAGAAGUCCCCUGAGAAGUACCGGCAGGCUGUGCGAGCUAUCGUGUCCUGUCUGCCCAAUGUCUUUAUAGCCAGCAAGUUGGAAAGAGUAGUUUAUGCUUCGUGGUCAAGGGUCCAAGCCGACCUCAACUGCAUGCAGGAUCUGCUGUCCAAAGAUGUGCAUUGGAGGUACUUAAUUAACACUUGUGGCACGGACUUCCCAAUAAAGACUAAUGUUGAGAUCGUCCAGAAUCUCAAAGUACUUAACGGUAUGAACAGUCUCGAGUCUGAGAGCCCCUCGGAGCACAAGAAAAAUCGCUGGGUCUACCACUAUGAUGUGAAGGAUUCCAUCUCACGCACCAACAUCAAAAAGAGCUCACCUCCCAUCAGCUCCCCCAUGUUCACCGGAAACGCCUAUUUCGUGGUCAGCAGGGAGUUUGUGGAGCACCUGUUCGGCGACAAGGAUGCGCAGAUGUUUAUAGAGUGGGCCAAAGACACUUACAGCCCGGAUGAACACGUCUGGGCCACCCUACAGAGAAUGCACAGUGUGCCGGGGUCCAUGCCCCCGAACGACAAAUUCCACAGCAGCGACAUGAACGCUAUCGCACGGCUGGUGAAAUGGGAGUACCUGGAGGGAGACGUCAGGAAGGGCUCCCCCUACCCACGAUGCACAGGGACUCAUCGCAGAGCCAUCUGCGUGUACGGCGCGGGAGACCUCCGCUGGAUGCUACGACAGCAUCAUCUCUUUGCCAACAAGUUUGACCCGACGGUGGACAGCGUUGCCAUCGAUUGUCUUGAAGAAUAUCUCCGGUAUAAAGCAAUUUAUGGGAAGAGCAUCUAGAAAGGAGCAGAUGGAAUCCGACGUGGUGUUUAUGGUGCAGAGUAACAAUAAGGUGAGAGAAACAUCCUUAAAGUGUGACCGGUGAUUCAUCCAGGGUUGGUCACUGGGAGAACUUCUGGCUUCCCACCACCCUGGAUUAAGCAGGUUUGAGACUUUUAUUAUAC